CCCGCUAUGGCGGCACUCAUGCGCCGUGGAUGACGUCAGUUCCUUUCAAGAUGGCCGGGCAGAGGAGGAGUUUGAUGCAAUCUGAGCAGCAGCAAAGCUGGACAGAUGACCUCCCUGUAUGUCGGUUAUGUGGUGUGGGCACGGCCACCAACUGCACGUAUGGGCCAGAUGGAAAGGGAGUAGAGGAGCAUGCCAAUGAAGACGGGUAUCUUCGCUUCCGGGGUGACAAUGGCUGCUUUCUGUAUGGUGUUUUCAAUGGACAUGAAGGGAACCGUGUAGCCAACUUUGUCUCGCAGCGUUUGGCAGCAGAAUUGCUGCUUGGCCAGCUGAGCUCCAGCCAUACAGAUGCUGACGUCCGCAAAGUCCUGCUCCAGGCAUUUGAUGUUGUAGAAAGGAGCUUUUUCGAGUCAAUUGAUGAUGCUCUGGCUGAAAGGGCUAAUUUGCUGUCUCAGCUUCCCGAGGGUGUACCUCUUCACCAGCUCCCACCACAGUAUCAAAAGACCGCAGAGGGGAUCAGCAUUCUUGAGCGUGAGAUUUCAGGAGGUGCCACAGCAAUGGUGGCUCUCAUACUGAACAACAAGCUCUACAUUGCCAAUGUGGGAACAAACAGAGCCCUGCUCUGCAAGUCAUCAAGUGAUGGGCAAAACCAGGUGAUCCAGAUUGGGAUGGGACACACAACAGAAAACGAGGAUGAGCUCUUCCGUUUGGCCCAGCUUGGAUUGGACUCUGUUCAGAUUAAGCAAGCUGGCUUGAUUGGUGGCCAGAAUAGUACCAGGAGAAUAGGUGAUUAUCGAGUGAAAUACAGCUACAGCGACAUAGACCUACUGAGACCUGCAAAGUCCAAGCCAAUUAUAGCAGAGCCAGAGAUCCAUGGGGGCCAGUCAUUGCAAGGUGUGACAGGGUUCCUGCUACUUAUGUCUGAUGGAUUAUACAGAGCUUUAGAAGCUGCUCAUGGGCCAGAACAGGCAAACCAGGAGAUUGUGUCAAUUGUGGCAGCUGAAUGUGCCCAGCAGAACUCGCUGGAUGCCGUAGCACAGGCAGUGGUAGACAGGGUGCGCAAAGUACAUCAUGAAACGUACCUCAGUGGAAGAGAACGCGCCAAGUUCUGUACCCGCCAUGAGGACAUGACGCUGCUAGUAAGGACCUUUAACUACCAGCUGGGGGGUGAGGCUAGCGAUCCUGCCCUCACACCAACACAAGGUGGUAGAAUCUACCCAGUGUCUGUCCCAUACUCUAAUAACCAGAGUACCAGCAAGACCAGUGUCACCUUGUCUCUUGUUAUGCCUUCUCAAGGGACCAUGAUGAAUGGAAGCCAUACCAACUCCACCUUGGAUGAGAUCACUCCCACCCUCACCAACCAAAGCCCCACCGCCACCUUGCAGUCCAACAACACCCAGACGCAAAGUAGCAGCUCCAGCUCAGGGGAUGGCAGUCUGUUCAGACACCGUGGAAGCCAAGCUUUGCAGCCUGACGAAAACGGACGGGUUGAGCCCUACGUUGACUUCUCCGAGUUUUACCGCCUCUGGAGCAAUGAACACCAAGAUGCCUCUGCCAUUGUUUUGGGACCACAGUGACCUUAGUAGGAAUGACGAUGGAUUCUGCAGGUUCGAUCUUAAUAAGUGUGGUUCCAUGUAAAGUUUCAGUCAAUCACAAACCUCAGAUGUCCAAGCUGUUCUCUUGUGCAUGUCCUCAUGCAAGAGCCAUACCUUUUGUAAUUCUUGCAUUGUGAGGGCCAUGGCUCCAACUUACACAGACGAAUAAGGUGCACAGGUAGAAGAUCUUCACUUGCACCUUGUGAUUCAGUGUGAUCAAGGGUAAGACUGUGAUAUCCUAAAACACUGUGUCAUGACUUCAGCCAUAUGCAUGAGUGCCUUUCAGUUACCGUAACCGAAAUCGAUACCCCAGGCCCAAGGUGUGUCCUUUCCUGUAUCCUGUUUGUAAUGCUUGCAGACUCCUUUUAAACCAUAGAAUCAGAAGGCCUAUGUCUCAUAACCAGAACCAAACCAAGAUGAAUGCCAGCAUGUCGACUUGGCAGCGUUUUUGUAUUACUUGGGCCUACACUCCAAGUCUGCAACUUUUCUGUCAUCCCAGAGUUAACACAAUUUUAAGAAAGUGUGUUUAUGAAGCAGGGGUUAUCCUGACCACGUCUAAAAGAGAACUUUUUUAGAGGGAUGAGAGCUGGGACCCUGAGGCAGGAUUUGCCUUUUUAAAGGUGUAUGGUUAGGGUAACCAAAACAACACCCACCAAAAAAGAAUUAAGUUAGAAUGUCCCUGUGGGUCUAUUAACUGGAAAGUGGUAGGUAUUUAUGAGCUCUAGUCUAAUCAUUUCUGUGAUGUGCUUCUGGGUAGAGGUAAGCAUUCACCAUUGUCCAUACUACAGAGAUAGUGUCAUCUGGGUGAGCUCCCGUCCAGACAACUGGCCCGUUUUAUAACUAAACUUAAGUAAACCGUGUGGAAUCCCAUGAUCCCUGUUGCACUGUGGUACCCACUAGAUGAACGGUACAAUCAUGCCUCUGGAUUCAUUCCAUCUAUUUGUUUUAAGUCUCUAUUAUGGCUUUGUUUUGCACUGCAAUUGCAAAUAUAAGCUUUUAAAAAAAAAUUUUUUUUUGAUGUACCAAAGCGUUUCAAAAAAGUGAAUUCUGUGCAAUUUUCACAUCUAACUUCCCAGAAGCCCUUUCUAGUAGCGCUGUCCAAUCUGGGAGAGAAGCCAAAAUCCCAUUUAGAGCACGGCAUAAAUUAACAAAAGUGCCGCCUGGCUACAGUGCAGAGAAAACCAUUACACUCCACGUCUUUAGUAGCAGGGUGUUGUACCGUGUUAGCCAUUGUGAAUGUAGUGAGAAGUCAACCAAAUGAUACCUUUUAUUGGCUAACUGAACAGAUUACAAUAUGCAAGUGUUUCGAGUCACCUCAGGCCCCUUCUUCAGGCAAGCUGGAAUCAAAAUGUAUAACUAUUAACCCUAAAAAAAAAAAAAUUUUAAAUUCUAUGGCCAAGGCAACAGAUGUUAAACCAUUAGGUUGCUGGUUCAAAAUCCGACACUGAUGCUGAUUCAGUCACUUAAACUCCUGUACUUCGAUUGUAGUACUAGGGUGUUGUGCCGUGUUAGCCAUUAUGAAUGUAGUGAGAAGUCAACCAAAUGACACUUUUUGAAUGAAUAGACCUCUUCGGGAUAAGAUUCAUUUAACAAGAAAACAAGGUUCCACAUUAAAUGUGGCAACACAGAUGUUUCUGUAGCGGCCCACUUCAACAGCCAUGAACACUGUGAGAGGGACUUUAAAGUCGCGGUGCUUAUGGGCAACUUCAGAACACAGCAAGAGACAAAAACAUGAAGUCAAACUCAUGCUAAAAUUUAAUGCAUUACAACAGGGGUGGGCAAAGUCAGUCCUGGAGGGCCGCUGUGGCUGCAGGUUUUUGUUCCUAAUUAGAAAACCAUCCUUGCCAAUUUAAUUUCAUGACUUGUUAGUGCUUUAACUCUGCCAUGUCAGGUCAUUCACAUAUCCUAGAGUUUUUGUUUUUUUCCUUUUCUAGGGAUAUCACUCUCAAAUUAUUUUGAAGUCUAAAACAAAUGAGUAAUUCUCAUCCUUUGCUUUUAUUUUCUUUCGUUCCAGGGUGGCGCAGUGGUAGCGCUGCUGCCUCGCAGUAAGGAGACUUGGGUUCACUUCCCGGGUCCUCCCUGCGUUAGUUUGCAUGUUCUCCCCGUGUCUGUGUGGGUUUCCUCCUGUGCGAUGGGCUGGCGCCCUGCCCGGGGAUUUGUUCCUGCCUUGCGCCCUGUGCUGACUGGGAUUGGCUCCAGCAGGCCCCCGUGACCCUGUGUUAGGAUAUAGCGGGUUGGAUAAUGACUGACUGGGUUUAAUUAAAUACUUGGAAAGAGUCAAUUGUGCAUGAUAAAUACAUACAGGUGUAAAUGGAAACAAGCUAAAUGGAGAAAAUCUGGUCUGUUUUGUCAUUUCUAUCAUAUUGCUAAUGAGCAGCAAUUAAAAACUGAGAAUACUGCUGUUUAAGACUAAAAUAAGCAAUAAGGGUUCAAAAUCUUGAGUGAGACAAUUUAAAAUGAAGCAGAAGUGUUACUUGAGCAAUAAGAGCUUCUUAUUCCAGACAGUACAGUGGUAGUGCUGCUGCUUUGCAGUAAGGAGACGGUGGAAGAUUGUGGGUUCACUUCCCGGUUCCUCCCUGUGUGGAUAGCACUUUGAGUACUGAGAAAAGCGCUAUAUAAAUGUAAUGAAUUAUUAUUAUUAAGUAAUUGGGUUGGAACAAAAGCCUGCGGCCCUCCAGGAAUGACUUUGCCCACCCCGGCAUUACAACAUGGUUUGAAUAGAGACGAGUUUUAGAUAGAUACUUUAUUAAUCCCAAGGGGAAAUUCACAACAAUUAUUCACUGGCUUUAUGGCCAUGUAUGAGGAUUGUUUGCAUCUCUCGGACUGACCCAGACAACCGGACUACAGACCCACAUUGUAUUGAAAAACUGAUCAGAAACUUAGACUUUGUUGGACAGUUAUCUUAUCCAAAGAUCUUGACCAUACUUGGUUCUCCUCUCUUGCUAAAUGAAUCUUAGCCUGAAGAGGUCUAUUCAUUUUUUACAUUUAAGAUGUCUCACUUAAAGAUUCACCAAUGUUGUUACUUGUCCUAGUGUGUGUAUAUAAACACAGGGAACUCCAGUUUCUGUAUUCCAUCUUGCCUGAAGAAGGGGCCGGAGUUGCCUCAUCUUUUUAGUUGGCCAGUUAAAGGGGUGAUUUUGCUUGACUUCUCACCACAUAUCUUUUGAAAGCUUGAAACUAACAUAUGGAACGUCUUGUUGCAUCUGUGCUUCUGGGCCAAGUCUGUGGAGAACUGAAAUGAGAUGAGCCGUUUCGAUGAGGACCGCAUGGUGGGGUGACAUUUUGUGAAAUCUGAUGGGCACGCCGGCCAUUCAGUGGAUGAGCAGGAGAGGAUGUGGAAUCUCAAUUGAGAUGAGGAUGACUGGCAUAUCCUUACGACUGAGGCGUAAUUUUUUAAAAAGGGAACAAUCCUCUUUUUCUAUAUAUUAAUUGCGACAAGUGCUCUUAAGUGGAAGCUUUGAGAAAAAUCAAUGUGAAGCAACAGCGUUUUUUCUAUAAAUCGCCUGAAAAGAGCAAGUCUGUGAUGCCACUGGUCUAAAGUAGUAAUGAGCUGGAGGAAACAAGGCCCAGCCUCGGUCCAUCCAUUCUUUACACUUUAGGUAAAGAUGUGAAGUGUCAAUUCAGAGACCUUAAGACGGUCCAAAGUUAAAAUGUGAGACUGUCUUUGAGAUGUUCAUGUAUGAGACUAAUGAGCAUUGAGAUAGUAUCUUCAAACCCAAUGGACACUGAGAUCUAUGUUGGGACACUGUAAUGGUGAUUAAUCAGUACAAAAUUGAGAUUCUAAAGGAGGGAGGGUUUUGAUGUGAUACUUCUCCAAAUAUUGGGGUCCGAGAUGCGAGAAUCCAGAUUUGGCUGGGCCUAUUGAGACAUGAGACCUUUGGCUGAGACUUCUGUCAGGUCUGAAAUGUGAGAAUCCAGUGAGUGGAUGGGAUUGACGUGCAGGAAUCACCCGGGUGUUUGGAUUUCAAUGAUGAAUGUAUAUUGGACAUUUGAGAAACUGGUUUCGGACAAUGGAGUGUAGUUUUAUCGCCAACCCCAAUAAGCUAAUAAUAAGUCCGUUUUGGGAUUUAAUACAUGUUGCAGUGCUCUGGGCCAGCGUCAAUGAAGAGUGCUAUAAAACAAGUAAACUAAAUUAAAUUAA